UAAAUAACCCAACUUUAUAUCUUCCCUUCUUUACCAAUCCCUCAAAGUCACCACUCUAUUUAUUUCUACCUAAACUUCACACAACACAACACCAAAAAACAGAGCACCGUUUCCAUCAAACAAUGGCACCAGCCAAAACUCUCAGUUACCUCUCAGAACAAAAAACCCUCGAGUCAAGUUUCGUUAGGGAAGAAGAUGAACGUCCAAAAGUUGCCUACAAUAACUUCAGCAACGAGAUUCCAAUCAUUUCUCUUGCUGGUAUUGAUGAGGUUGAUGGUCGCAGAACAGAGAUAUGCAACAAAAUUGUUGAAGCUUGUGAGAAUUGGGGUAUUUUUCAGGUUGUUGAUCAUGGUGUGGAUUUGAAGCUUGUUUCUGAGAUGACCCGUUUUGCUAAAGAGUUUUUUGCUUUGCCGCCGGAAGAGAAGCUCCGGUUUGAUAUGUCCGGUGGUAAAAAGGGUGGUUUCAUUGUCUCUAGUCAUCUUCAAGGAGAAGCAGUGAAGGAUUGGAGAGAGCUAGUGACAUAUUUUUCAUACCCAAUUAAACAAAGAGAUUAUUCAAGGUGGCCAGACAAGCCAGAAGGAUGGAAACAAGUAACAGAACAAUACAGUGAAAACCUAAUGAAUUUAGCAUGCAAACUUUUGGAAGUGUUAUCAGAAGCAAUGGGAUUAGAAAAAGAAGCUCUAACAAAAGCAUGUGUUGACAUGGAUCAAAAAGUUGUGAUAAAUUAUUACCCAAAAUGCCCUGAACCUGACCUCACACUUGGCCUUAAACGUCACACUGACCCUGGUACUAUUACUCUUUUGCUUCAAGACCAAGUUGGUGGUCUUCAAGCUACUAAAGAUAAUGGUAAGACGUGGAUUACAGUUCAACCUGUUGAAGGUGCUUUUGUUGUUAAUCUUGGAGAUCAUGGUCACUUUCUAAGCAAUGGACGGUUCAAAAAUGCUGAUCACCAAGCAGUGGUGAAUUCCAACUACAGCCGUUUAUCAAUAGCCACAUUUCAAAAUCCAGCACCAGAUGCAACUGUGUACCCUUUGAAGAUUAGAGAGGGUGAGAAAUCUGUGUUGGAAGAACCAAUCACUUUUGCUGAAAUGUAUAGGAGGAAAAUGAGCAAAGACCUUGAAAUUGCUAGGAUGAAGAAGUUGGCUAAGGAACAAGAACUUAGGGACUUGGAGAAGGCUAAACAGCUUGAGGCCAAACCUUUGAAUGAGAUCCUUGCUUAAUUAGUCUUAAUUUACUUAAUUUACUUAAUAAUAAUUUUAAAUUGUUGUUCAAUCAAUCUAUGUUUAGUUUGCCGUUGUUGUCAAGAUGUAUUAACUAUUAAGCUGCUUGAUUGUGUGUACCUUGGAGAAUUUCAAUAAUAUUACAUCUGUGUUUAAUCAUA